AUGAAGCUUCUGACUGUGACCCUCGCCGCAGUGCUGCCUGCCCUGGCCGCCGCCCACUCCUGGAUCGUCUGUACGGACUACCUGGAGAACAACGGCUGGUACUGGGACGAGGCCAAGUGUCGGGGGUGGCCACGGUCUGCCGCACGGUACAACCUUAGAUACGGGCGGUUUGGAAGACAGGACGAGUACGCACAUCGCUUGGAUGACCACCCCGAGUCCAACCCUCUGUGUGAGACGGUUAGAAACGACGCUACAGAGUACACGGACAGCACUCCCAUGGCGGCGUACUACCUGGGGCAGACGGUCGUCUUACCACACCCAACUAACGGACACGUGGCUGAUGCCCGAUGCGCGAAGAAGACAGCGAAGGACAUUGAGAACCUGAUGUUUGUAGUGGACGGAGACGAGGACCCCUGCUGUAUUGACUCGGAUAAACUCAUCCAGAUCAUGGACAUGGGGGUGUCGCCAUAUGGUACGUGA